UUGGGAAUUCGGCAUGGGGAGGAGCAGGGCGAACAGGGCGCCAGGUCCUGCGUCCGCCCGGGCCCCGCGGGCUCUGAGGGAGCCGGGAGUAGAGAAGUGGGUGUCGCCCGGCGGAGCCCCGUCGCGCCCAGGACUGCGGCGUCCGGAAAUGGGGAUAGUCACGUGGGGGAGCCUGUCUCCUUUCGUCAGGGGUCGGGGCGCCCAUGGGGAGCUCUUGCGCGCGUCCGCCUCUCCUUCCCCUCCCCAGCAACUCUUUCACAUGGCAAAACAAGUCCCGGGAGCCUCCUGACUGCUAACAUCCCUUUUGGCCCCUGAUUCUGUGCUUCCUCCCCUCUCAAACUGGAUAUAGUACCAGCUUGGGGAAGGCCCCUCUGUCCAGUCAUGCCAAAGAGGAAAGUGACCUUCCAAGGCGUGGGAGAUGAGGAUGAUGAGGAUGAAAUCGGUGUCCCUAAGAAGAAGCUGGUGGACCCUGUGGCUGGGGCAGGGGGUCCUGGGAGCCGCUUCAAAGGCAAACACUCUUUGGACAGCGAUGAGGAGGAGGAUGAGGAGGAAGGUUCCAGCAAAUAUGACAUCCUGGCCUCAGAGGAUGUGGAAGGUCAGGAAGCAGCCACACUCUCCAGUGAGGGAGGUGUGCGGAUCACACCCUUCAACCUGCAGGAAGAGAUGGAGGAAGGCCACUUUGAUGCUGAUGGCAACUACUUCCUGAACCGGGAUGCUCAGAUCCGAGAUAGCUGGCUGGACAACAUUGACUGGGUGAAGAUCAGGGAGCGGCCACCUGAUCAGCACCCACUGUCAGACUCAGAGGAAGAGGACAGCCUGGGCCAGACACCAAUGAGUGCCCAAGCUCUCCUGGAGGGCCUUUUGGAGCUGCUGUUGCCAAGGGAGACGGUGGCUGGGGCACUGAGGCGUCUAGGGGCCCGAGGAGGAAGCAAAGGGGGCAGCAAAGGGCCUGGGCGGCCCAGUUCCCCCCAGCGCCUGGACCGGCUGUCUGGGUUGGCUGACCAGAUGGUGGCCCGGGGCAACCUUGGUGUAUAUCAGGAGACAAGGGAACGGUUGGCCAUGCGGCUGAAGGCAUUGGGGUGCUGGACCCAGGGAGCCCCUGACCCCACACCCCCACCCUCUCUUGACAUGUUUGCUGAGGAAGUGGCAGAGGAAGAGCUGGAGACCCCAACCACUGCCCAGAGAGGAGAAGCAGAGUCGCCUGGAGAUGGUCUGGUGGAUGUGAUGUGGGAGUAUAAGUGGGAGAACACAGGGGAUGCUGAGCUGUACGGGCCGUUCACCAGCACCCAGAUGCAGACCUGGGUGAAUGAAGGCUACUUCCCGGAUGGUGUUUAUUGCCGGAAGCUGGACCCGCCCGGUGGACAGUUCUACAACUCCAAACGUAUUGACUUUGAUCUCUACACCUGAGGCUGCUGAGGGCCCGGUUUGGUGGCCCCUUCUUUCCUGGACUCUGUGGAGGAGGCCCCACGUGCCUCAGGCAGUGAGGAUAUUGGGGGCCACUUUUCAGUCAAUUUUCCUUUCCCAAUAAAAGCCUUUAGUUGUGUAUUAUGGCCUUGGCUGUGCUGAGGGCCAAAAGCCUUCUUCACAGCUCCUGUGGACUCACCUCCA